CGUGGGAAGCGUCCUUGGAGAUGCCGUUAGUGGUGUAACUUUGGCAUCUCUCUGUCGUCUGUGCGCACAAUGUCCCCGUCAAACAACUGACAGACUGUCGAUAAUACCACAAAGACUCAUGAGAAAACUGCCAACAGUUUGGUGGUAACCAUGACUGCAGCUGCUCUCAUAGGAGACCAGCUGAUCCUUGAAGAGGACUACGAUGAGAACUACAUACCCUCUGAGCAAGAAAUCCAAGAGUAUGCAAGAGAGAUUGGCAUUGACCCUGACGGCGAGCCGGAACUCAUGUGGCUGGCCAGGGAAGGCAUCGUUGCUCCUCUGCCUCCCGAGUGGAAGCCUUGUCAGGAUGUCACAGGGGAUAUCUACUAUUUCAACUUCUCCUCGGGCCAGUCCACCUGGGACCAUCCCUGCGACGAGCACUACCGCACUCUGGUGAGCCAGGAGCGUGAGCGUGCCCAGCUCACCGCCACUGCUGGGGGCGCAGGAACAAAGAAAGACAAGAAGAAGAAGAAAGAGAAGAAGGAGAAAAAAGAGAAGAAGAAGAAGAAAGAGCCACUCAAGACUCCUGGAACACUGAGCUCAGCGUUGGGACCCCUACCGUCCCCACUGGGCAGCUUGGCCCCUCUCAGAGGUCUGGACGCCCCGGGCCUCGGUCCUCUCUCUGGAUCCGCCCCUGCACUCCGGGGGUCCCUCAGCAGCUCUGGGGGGCUGGAACCCCUGAAGAAAUCCCUUCGUGGUCCUCGAAGCAGUGGGGCGUCUAGUGUUUUAGGCAGCAGGCAAGAGGAGAGAGUGUCGCUCACUUUGCCCGGCUUUGACGACGAUGAUGAAGAUGAUGAAGACAAGAUUUCAGAAAAUGAGCCAAGUCCUCAAGGUUCAGACCGACUACUGAAGAACCUCCACUUAGACCUCAAUGCCCUUGGAGGAGGCCUGCAGUACGAGGACAGUGAAGCCAGCGGUGCGGCUCCAGCUGAGGAGAGGACGGAGCCAGAGUUGCAGGACUUGGCUCUCUCUGGAGAUCACAGCCCUGAACCGCCAUCCCAGCAGGAGUCUGAAGACAGCAAGAACGCUGAGGAGGCUUCAUCCUCCAUCGAUGUCAAGCUGUCGGAGAAAGUUCUCGACAUCAACGACCUGUCUGGCACAAUCAGUCCACUGGAGAAAGAAGACAGAGAUGAAGCACAUCAAGGAGAAGGGUGUGAGGACGGAGGAAAGCCAAAAAAGCCUGAGGCCAACAAGAGGCAGAUGCUGGCCAAAGACAAAGACAACUCUCCAGUCCAUAAAGUCGACCGACUUGUUCUUCACCAGUCCAGCCCUUCACCCUCACUCUCCAGCUCCUCCAACUCAGAAGAAGGCGUCAGCCACAAUCGAAAAGCCCCAGGCCUCGGCAUGUCUCUGGGGCUCCAGAGGCCUGAAACCUCCAGAGGUCGACCUGUUGAGGUGUCAAACACUCGACUCGACCACGUUGAACUCCCUUUGAAAAACCAGGAGAGCUCUCUGGGAGAGGAGCCAAGCUGGAGAGUACGGAAAGACAAGGAGAAGCUAGAGAGGGAGGAGGAGGAAAGUAAGAGGGCAGACAGUGAAGAGACCAGUCUGAGAGAAAGGGUGGAGGAGGAGAGGGAGAAGAGGAAGCCUGAAAAAGAGAUGCAGGAGGAGAGGGAGCAAAUUUUGAAGGAAAAGGAGAAGAGGAUGCACCUCCUCCAGGAAGAGCUGAGGCGAGAAGAGGAGGAGGAGGAGAAGAAACUGAAGGAGGAGAGCGAGGAAAGGCUGAGGGCUCUGCGGAAGCAUCUUCUGUCCAAGAGGAGAGAGGAGGAGGCCAGACUGAAUGAGGAGAGUGAUGGCACCAUAGAGGAGCUCAGAGAGUCUGUCAAGAGGGAGAGGGAAGAGCAGCAACACAAACUCAGGAAGGAGAGCGACAUCAUGCUGAAGGAGCUACACGUCACUCUAGAAGAAGAACGAACAGCGACACGAGACCGACUGGAGGCGCAGAAGAGGCAGGACAUGGAACGACUGAAGGAGGAGUCAGAAGAGGAGCUUCAGGCUGAGAGGAAGAGACUCCAGAGAGAGAGGGAGGAGAAACUGAACUGUCUGAAACACGAGGUCAAAAGCACAGAGAGGAGGAGGGAGCUGAUGAUGAGUCCACGACCUGAACAACAACUGGCAGAAUACCACCGAGAGCUGGCUGAUGUGCUCCAGGAAGUGCGAGAGGAAGUGCAGCGUGAUCAUGAGAGGAAGCUGGAGCAGCUGAGGGACGACCACAGGAGAGAGAAGAAUAGCAUCAGAGAGAAAUACCUGGAUGAGGAGACUGCUCAGAGGGAGCGCUUGUUGUCCUCUCUGCAGGAGGACAGAGAGCGUCUCCAGGCAUCACAUGCUGUCCAGCUGGAGAAACUCCGCUUGCAGCUCGACGCACAGAUUCAAAAGACUCAGCUGACACACUCACGAAAGGAGUCAGAACUGCAGGAUCUGGCCGAUCAGUUGGAGCUUAGAGCCAAAGAGCUGAAGAGUCAGGAGGCGAUGCUGCAGACCAAGGCAGCAGAUCUGAAGAGGAGAAGAAAGAAGCUUGGAGAAGAGGAGGAGGAAGUGGACAGACAGAUAGAGACCAUACCACAGCUGAUGCGGGAGAGAGACCAGCUGAGGGAGGAACUGGAGAGGCUGAGAGAGGAGAAGACUCAAGCCCGAGAGCUCAUCCACAGAGCCAGGGUGGAGAGGAGUGAGGCCAAGGAGGAGGAGGAGAGGCUGAGGGAGGAGAGAGACGAGGCCAGGGAGGAGAGCAGGAGAGCCAGGGAUGAGAAGGAGAGGCUGGAGAGCAAGGUGGCGCUGCUGCAGGAGAGGUGCGAGCGUCUCGGCCGCAGAGUCAGUGAGCUGGAGCAAGGCGAAGGAGCGAGCGCCUCCCGGAGACAGGAACCGGACAAGAAGGCAGAGAAGGUGUCGGCGCCCCCCGGUGGCAGGAAAGACGAAUCCCUACAUGUAGACGACCUGGACGAGCCGCCUGUCUCCCCUCUACCGGACAGCCACAGCAGCGUGGACGAGUUCCGGCGCUACAUCUCCUCUCACGGCGCCUCCAUCCAGAAGACCAAAGUCUUCCUGGAGAGGGAGAGCAGUCGGCUGAUGGAGAGGCAGGCGGCUCUGCAUGCGGCCCAGACCAGCUCCACUCAGGUCCCCAACCGCGAAGGAGGCGUGACUGAGGAGAUGAUAAGAAACCUCCAGCAGGAAGCCAGAAAUGUGUCGGAGCUGCAGCGGACGGUUCAGAGAGGAAACACUCUCCUGCGCAGGAAAGAGGAGCAGCUUCAGCAGCUGGAGAGCUCCAUGGCCGAAGAGGCCCUGUUUGAGGAUUUGUCUCGGCUAGCAGGGGAGAGGAAGGUAACCUUUGAUGUGACGGAGUCAGACCUGAGCAGCGCCGUGGAUCCUCCAGAUGUGACAGGAGCUCAUCCCACUGUCCCGGCCAAAGUCCAGGAGCUGGCUGAGUCCCUGCAGCAGAUCUCAGGCCAGCUCAACUCCGUCCUGGGUGCACUGGGUUCGCUGGCUCAGAGGCAGACCACCACACCUUUUGCAGCGUUCCCUCUACCUCUUUCUCAGCCUCACGCCGCCCCAGCUCCCAGCUCCUCCACCUCCCCACCCGUCAUGCCCCAGAUGCACAGCCUGGAUCCCAGGUCCUUAGUCCCACCUCCCACAGGGAGACUCUCGGAGCCACCCUGGAACUGGGCGCCUCCAGGCAGCUCUGCAGCCUCCCCUCUCUACAGCACCCCCAUCAGCAGUGGGCUGAGGGCCCCGGACGACUUCAUGAACAGCCGAUGGAGUCAGAUAUUCCCUGGUGCGCCUAUUGACCCAGUGGUCUCCCACCCCCCGAGGACCACCUCAGCUUACUCCUCAUACUCUCCUGUUAGUGAACACGGCCGUAGUCUGCGGUCCGUGCACAAGUCCGUAGAGGUGGAUGGCCAGAGGCUGCAGGGGCUGAUCGACGGCAACAAGAGGUGGCUGGAGAUGCGCAAGAAAGACACCAGCAUACCUCUGUUCACUCGCUACCGGGCUCCCUCCUCCAAGAACGGCCUGCUCCAGCUGGGCCUGGACGAUAACAACCAGAUCAGAGUCUAUCAUUACUGAGGACGUGAUGCACAGUUCAGUCCCGGCGUACCGCGACCGUCAGCGAGGACUUUGGAGCGCUGACGACCGCGACAGUCAGCAUUGUGACGUUUACAUUCCUUUUUAUGACUUUCAGAGCAAAGGUUUUCAGGGAUUGCCACGAGGAAGAGAUGUCUGCAGAGGAUAUGGUUGUUCGAUAUCCACAGGUCACACAGGGGUGAGAGCUGUCAUCAUUCAGUGGCUGUAAGGUACAGGUGACUUUUAAACAGCCUCCAGGUCACAGAUUAUAGCUCCGUGCCAGACUGUUUCCUGUGUCAGAUGGGAGUCUGUAUUUUCCAAGUACGUGUAGGACAAUCACAGAGAAGUGUCUUAAUUUACAUCACUUCUCUUUUGCUAAAACCUUCCUAAACUUCACCAAGUCUGUCCAAAAUGUUGGGUUUUAUAGCUCCGCGUGUGUCUGGUUUUGUCAUUAGCUAUUGUGAACUUUUAACAGUUUCUUACGUCUUUAUGUUAGCAGAGACAGAAAUCGAUGUUAGAAUCAAUGUCAAGGUGAAGCCAAGACACCUGUUUAGUGCUGUUUUUCUGCUCCACACUCCUUCACUCAGUGUUUAGCAUUAACGGUGAGCCGCUGACUAGUGUGAACUUUAACACGGAGACAACUCUGUGCACAUAUUUGUGUAAAUAAUACUGUAUUUUUAUAUGAAGUAUUUUAAUAAAUCUAAUAUUUUGUGUA